AUGUUCUGCCUCCGGAGCUGGCUCCCGCUGCUCUUCAUCCCGACCAACGCGUCGCCCAUCUUCAUCAUCUCCUUCGUCGCCCUAACCUACAUCAUCCACCGACCAUGCAUUUACUGCUCCGCCCUCCUUCUCAUCCUCUUCGCAUCCUCCUGCCACUGGUCCGACCGAUGCAUCUUUGAUCUCCGAAGCAAUUGGUUCGCCCCGCGCUACAGCUACAGCGCGCCAACUGGCGGCACCGGCCUCUUCAACCAGUCUGGCAAUGCUACCAUGGAAGCACCGCUUCCCGGCGACAGCCUCACGGGCUUCGUCUUCGACACAUUCAACUCGACCGCAAAGGCUCUGGCCGGCGCAGCGCUGGAAGGCGCGCAGCAGCGACUGGGGGUGGAAACGAAGCCGGAUGAGUGGACGGGAGUGGGACUGGAGUGGUUGCGCGUUUUGCUCGGACGGCGGGAGUGGACGCUCCCUUGCGUGGAUGUGAAGGUUCGACUGUAG